CCACCACAAGGCGAGCGUGACCGUGUUCUUCUUCUGUCUUCAAAGGAAAACUGUCAUUAAAACAACCACACGCUUUGAUAACAACUUACUUGACGGUUAACGGACGCCAUCUUUAUUGAGAUUUUUAUCUGAAGCACCCACUUUUGUAUAAUCGCUCAGUAACUCGUUCACCAAGGUCACAAGUGCUCGUGGAUGCAGUGCAGCUAAGCCUUCAGCACAUGCGAUCACAGCAAAGUUUGGAGGCACAAGUGCAAGAAACAUGGCUGGACUUAUAAACUUUGAAGAUGAAAAUGAAGUGAAACAGUUCUUGGACAAUUUGGGAGUGGAGUACAGCUUCCAGUGUUACAAAGAAAAGGAUCCUGAAGGGUGCCAAAGGCUCGCAGACUACCUGGAGGGUGUGAAGAAGAACUAUGAAUCUACUGCACAAGUGCUGAAACAUAACUGUGAAACAUAUGGACAUGGAGAGAGCUGCUAUAAACUGGGGGCAUACCACGUCACAGGCAAAGGUGGAGUGACUGAGUGUCUGAAAACUGCUUACUCCUGCUUUAUGCGCUCCUGCAAUACCAACGGAAAGAAGUCCAUAGAUGCCUGCCAUAACGUUGGUCUGUUAGCCCAUGAUGGACGAGCUAUUGAAGGAGGACCUGACUCGACUAUAGCUCGGCAGUACUACGAGAAAGCCUGUGCUGGUGGCUUCGCUCCUUCCUGCUUUAACCUCAGUGCUUUGUACAUCGAGGGCAAUGCCAAAGGACUGGCGCCGGAUAUGAAUCAAGCUUUGAAGUACGCUAACAGGGCUUGUGAGCUGGGACAUGUGUGGGGCUGCGCCAAUGCAAGUCGCAUGUACAGACUUGGGGAUGGUACGGAGAAGGAUGAGAAGAAAGCAGAGGAGCUGAAGAAUCGAGCGAGGGAGCUGCACAGUUUAGAGAAGGAAAGGCAGCUCAAAUUUGGGGAGUGAAUGUGACACACUUGGUUAAAUGAUCAUAUAUCAUAUCAUACACACAUGGUGCUCAGUCAGGUCGUUUAUGGGGACAAGUAAUUGUGUGCAGAACCUGUUCAGGGCUUCAGAGGUAGGAGAUGAUGUGUCCUUUAAAAAUGAAUGGUGAAAUAAACGUGUUUACCUCAUUUACAGUGUGUAGACUGACAAAUUCAGGGAGCAGUGUUUUCUUGACUGUUUGUAUUGGUAGAUUUAAGCCAAAUGUAUAUUAAUGUGAAUGUAAAAUAAAAUGAGUCUUGAUUCAUG